AUGUCCCACCAAGACGACGCCUUCCCAGAACUCCCCGCCGCACCCCCCUCCCGCGUCGUCGGCCAGGGCUACUCCUCCCACCACCCGGUGCCCACCGUCCAGGGCUACCGCGAGACGAAACAGCGACACGAACAUGAGGCCAACACGUAUGCUGAAAUGGUCGAGCGACGAGAGCGUGAUGCCCAGGAAAGGGAGCGCAAGUUGAGCGAGAAGACGGCCGAUAGCAGCGACAUCGCUGCGUCCGACAAGGUAUCGUCUGGCGCGGACGAAGAGACGAACGCGGCCAAGGUGCAAAAGGAAAAGAAGGAUGAGCCCAACGCGAGCACGGGCGCGAACGAAAAGACAAAGCUUAUGGAGCAGAUGAAUGCCAAUCAACUCAAGCCGACAGACCGAUUCUUGAAAGCGGAGAAGGGCCAGCGUCGUGUGCGAGAUCCCAUCACGGGGACUGAAGUUAUUGUCAAAGACGCCGACCCGAAAGACUUUGACCCCACACGACCAGCUACCCAAGGCAAGAAUGUCCUCCACCACGCCUUCCCUCCUCCGCAGCCCGUCUCCGUCGAGAUCAUGCUCGGUAAACUCCGUAUCGUCCAGUACUCUAUCGCCGGUGUCCACUUCUUCCUCUGGCUCACCACCGCCUUCGGAUCAGGUAUCUGGAAGUUCUUUUUGCGCUCCUUCAUCAUGUCCAUCACGGCUUUCGUUCUCAUGACCAGCGUCAGCUUGAUCGAGAGGAGCUUGCAGAAGGAUGUGGAAAAGGUCAGGCAGGAUAUGGGCAGGCAGCGCGGCGAGGCGUUUAGCCCACCUGUUCCUGAGAGUGUGGAGUGGCUGAACGGUCUUAUCAAGCUCGUUUGGGGUCUCGUCGAUCCCGCGAUGUUUGUCUCUAUUGCCGACAUGGUCGAAGACAUCCUCCAACAAUCACUUCCCGGCUUUGUCGACGCCGUCCGUAUCACAGACAUCGGACAGGGCGAGAACCCAUUCCGAAUCACCUCCAUCCGUGCUCUCCCCGACCAACCUGGCGAUGAAGACUAUCCCAAGACGGGAUGGAUCAACCAGGGUAACGACGAUAUCAAGACCAAAGACACUGCCGGCAAAGACCUGGAAGAGGACGAGGCCGGAGAUUAUUACAACUUUGAAGUCGCUUUCGCCUACUCUGCCCUUCCCGGUCAAGGCCAGAAUGCGCGUGCAAAGAAUAUUCACCUCCUGAUCGAAUUUUUCCUCGGUCUCUACGACUGGCUCCAUAUCCCCGUCCCCAUCUGGAUCCAAGUUGAGCAAGUAUUCGGUAUCGUCCGUCUCCGAGUCCAAUUCAUCCCCCAACCUCCCUUCGUCCGAAACCUCACAUUCGCCCUCUGCGGUGUACCUUCCGUCGAAGUCAGUGCUAUCCCCAUGUCAGAGUAUUUGCCGAACGUGCUCGACUUGCCGUUCGUCUCGAGUUUCGUCAAGAUGGGUAUUGCGGCUGGUACGGCCGAGAUGUCGGUUCCAAAGUCGAUGACGCUCAACUUGCAAGAACUCUUGUCUGGUGCGACUGUUGGUGAUACGACCGCUAUCGGUGUCUUCCUCAUCACUAUCCACCACUGUGAAGGUCUCUCUGCCCAGGAUAACAAUGGUCUUUCGGACCCUUAUGUCGUGCUGGCCUAUGCCAAGUUUGGAAAGCCGCUGUAUUCUACGAGGAUCAUCAUGGAGGAUUUGAACCCGGUGUUUGAAGAGACUGCCGUUUUGCUUUUGACUUUGGACGAAGUGAAGAGUCAGGAGGAUUUGGCGGCCAUGCUGUGGGAUAGCGACAAGAUGUCUGCCGACGACCUCGUCGGCCGUGUCCAAAUCCCCGUCGAAGAACUCAUCCGCCGCCCCAACCAAAUGUUCCGCCGCGAAGACAACCUCAUGGGCUUCGAAGACGCCAACGACAUGCCCGGCAAACUCGUCUGGUCCAUCGGCUACUAUGAAAAAGUGCAGCUCAAAAAGGAACUCGAGCGCUCACCUUCAGCCGAAGAAGCCGCCGCGGCGCCCGAACCGGCCAAGACGGCGCCAGAAAUGGAGAUGCACCCCGCCGAUGUGGCGCCGAACCCUGCGAAGAAGGACUUGCCCCCUCCGCCGCCGGAUGUCCAAAAGACCAAGCCGGAUCCCAAGUGGCCGUCUGGUGUCUUGUCUAUCAUUUUGCACCAGGUCAAUAACCUCGAGAGGCAGAACCUCAAGGGUGCGAGUGGUGAGCGUGAGGGCGAGGCGGGGCAGGAUACCGACCAGCCGAGCGAGCAGAGCGACAACUUGCCUUCAGGCUAUGGCGAAUUUAUCGUCAAUGACGAUUUGGUAUACAAGACGCGUGUCAAGCAGUACUCGACCAACCCGUACUUUGAGGCUGGUACCGAGGUGUUUGUGAGGGACUUUGAGAAUACGGUAGUGAGGGUUGUGAUUCGGGACUCGAGGUUGAGAGAGGCGGACCCGAUUUUGGGUAUCGUCAGUGUGCGAUUGAGCGAGGUGUUUAGGGAGAGCAGUAGUGUCAACCAGAUCUAUGCCUUGACUGAGGGUGUCGGAUUCGGAAAGUGCAACAUCUCAUUCGCCUUCCGCGGUAUGCAAAUGACUCUCCCGCCAAACAUGCGCGGCUGGGAAACCGGUACCCUCGAGCUGUCCGACGUUUCCUUCACCUCCACCAACCCCGCCACUUUCGAACCCUCCCGCACCCGUCUUCGCGUCGUCACCUCCGAACAAACCGAAUCGAUGCCCAAAAAGGAAGCCGUCGUCUCUGGCAACACCGUCUCUUGGGAGAUGGAUACCCUGCGUAUGCCAGUCUACUCCCGAUACCAGUCGAGUGUCAUCUUUGAGAUUGGCAAGACUGGCGGACCGUUGGCUGCGCUGGGCAUCGCGGCCAAGCCGGAUGCGAUUGCAGUCUUGUGGAUGCAAGAUCUGACAGACGACGUUGAGCAAGAAGUCAAAUUGCCAGUGCUCGUCAGUGAAAAGAUUACCAACCUCCGACAGAACGCCAUCAAUGACCAGACGGCUAAAUUCCACGACUUUGAGAUUGUUGGUGAGCUCACGGCGAGGAUCAAGCUCGAUUCUGGAUUGGACGAGGAUCACGAGCAGAACCUCAAGCAAUCCCAAUCCCGCCGCCACGCCCUUGAAGCCUACGACCAUAUCGAGGGCGAAGCCGAACUCGCGCGCAAGCAGGCCCACUUUGCCGAUGACGGUAUCAUCGACAAGCAUGAGAAGAAGGAGCUGGACAAGGCGCAUAAGAGGCAGUUGGCUUCGAGGGAGAGGGGUCCGGCGCAGGUGAAAGCGUUUAGGAGUGCCAAGUGGAUGAUGAAGGGUGUCAAAGAUAGGUUGCCUGGGAACCAGCCCAAGACGAGGGAACCGAGUGUACAGACGGAAGCGUGA